AUGGCUCCCAACAGUCGAAAACGACGCUCUGAGCAGCGCAAUGACCCCGAAUCCUCAGCUUCAGAAUCACCUGCUCGACGUCGCAGAGUGCAACAAGAUGGCGACGAAGAAGCUGGCUCCACAGCUUCGGAGCCAGAGACACAAACUCAAACACAGACUGCAACUGGUGUGGAAACGAUGAUGAAGAAACUUGUGCGGCUAGCACUUUCUUGCGAGUACUCCCGCAUACCAAUCCGAAGGGCGGACAUCAGUACCAAGGUACUUGGAGAGACUGGGACAAGGCAGUUCAAGGUAGUCUUUGAGAGGGCGCAACAUGAAUUGAGGACGAAGUUUGGAAUGCAGAUGGAGGAGUUGCCGUCGAAAGAGAAGUUCACAAUCUCACAGCGAAGAGCUGCUCAGGCGUCUCAAAAAGUACCGUCAACGUCAUCGAAAUCAUGGAUUCUUACAUCUACUCUACCGCCAGAAUACAAAUUCGACCCGGACAUUCUGCCUCCCACCAAAGCACCCUCUGAAAGUACCGAAGCCAUAUAUACUGCGUUGUACAGCUUCAUCAUAGCCUUGAUCCUCCUGAACAACGGCUCCCUGCCUGAGAACAAACUGGAGCGUUACCUGAAGCGGGCCAACGCAGAUCAAUGGACGCCGAUCUUGUCGACGGAAAAGCUUUUGCAGAAACUCGUCAAAGAAGGAUAUCUGGAGAAACGUCGAGACACAAGCAGCGGUGAAGAGAUAAUCGAAUGGGUCGUCGGGCCGAGGGGAAAGAUCGAAGUUGGUGAAAGAGGCGUGCAAGGAUUUGUGCGAGCCGUAUAUGGAGGAAGCGGGGAGGAAGAUGAGGAGCUGGAAAGGAAGCUCGAGAGAAGCCUUGGCUUGCAGCCACAACAGCGCGUUGUGGUGGAUGAAGGGACAGAGGAGACACCACAAGUCAACGGCAGUGCUGAGAGGUCCAGAACCACAAGAGGUAGAGCUAGGCCAAGCGCAAGGGAUGACACUGAUGAUGAAUGA